AUGACAUAUGAUGGAGGGAGCAAGCAAGUCAGACUCAUAAAUGGAGCGGACCAUUGUGAAGGGAGAGUGGAAGUAAAUUAUAGAGGCACCUGGGGGACAAUCUGUGAUGAUUCCUGGGACCUAUCAGAAGCCAAUGUUGUUUGCAAACACCUGGGAUGUGGGCAUUCCAUCAAUGUAACUGCUGCUCAUUAUGGGGAAGGAUCAGGGCAGAUCUGGCUGGAUGAAUUGAACUGCUCUGGAAAUGAAUCCUAUCUCUGGGCAUGUUCUUCCAGAGGAUGGGGCCAGCACAACUGUGGACACAAAGAAGAUGCAGGAGUUCUCUGUUCAGGUCCACAACAGCCUCCUUCACUACAUAAUCCUGACUCAUUCCCUGAACACUAUCUAUCCUGUGCACUGAAUGAGGCAGAAGUCCUGGUCAGACUGGUGAAUGGGAUCGAUCACUGUGCAGGGAGAGUGGAGAUUUCUUACAAUGGCACCUGGGGGACAGUCUGUGAUGAUUCCUGGGACCUAUCAGAUGCCAGUAUCGUUUGCAAACAACUGAGUUGUGAACACGCCAUCAGUGCAACUGCCUCUGCUCAUUAUGGGCAAGGAUCAGGGCAGAUCUGGCUGGAUGAGUUGAAAUGCUCUGGAACCGAAUCCACUCUCUCAGAAUGUCCUUCCGAGGGUUGGGGGCAGCAUAACUGUGGGCAUCAUGAAGAUGCAGGAGUGCUCUGUUCAGGUCUGUUCUGAAGCAAACAGAUCAGACAGGUGAAUGGAGCAGAUCGAUGUGCUGGGAGAGUGGAAAUUUAUUACAAUGACACCUGGGGGACAGUCUGUGAUGAUUCCUGGGACACAUUAGAUGCCGAUGUUGUUUGCCAAGAAUUGGGAUGUGGACUCGCCAUCAAUGCACCUGGCUCAGCUCAUUAUGGGAAAGGAUCAGGGCAGAUCUGGCUGGAUGAUGUGAGUUGCUCUGGGAGUGAAUCCUAUCUUCGGGACUGUUCCUCCAGUGGAUGGGGUCAGCACAACUGUGGGCACAGUGAAGACGCUGGAGUUCUCUGCUCAG